AUGAGCAAUUUAGUGGAUGAGCCUGUGACUCCGCCUUCAGCGAGAUGCGAAGGACCGGCCGCAAUUUCGUGCGGCUUUGGUUUCCACUGUGAAGUUGUCAACGGGACGCCACAAUGCGUGUCGGACACAGGUCCGUGUGCUGCCGCACUCUGUGCCACUGGUGAAUGUAUCGAGUAUAACGACACGUUUGGCUGUUUCAAUACCACAUGUGGAGCCAAUGAAGAGUUCAUUCGAUGCCCGUCUUGUGAACCGACCUGUGGACCCGCUGUGCCCUGUGUUCCCAUCUGCUUAACGCCAGCCUGUCGAUGUGUCGAUGGUUACGUUCGUGACAAUGGAAAGUGUAUCAUGAGAUCCGACUGCAGGAACAGCUUUGUUGGCGGAUGA